CCUGAUUUCAUCCCAGCCAGAAUGCCCACCGUCGAGCAGGCGCAGCUAUGGUACAACACGGGCAAGACGUGGUUCACUAUUAUGCCACCGCUCAUAUGCCCGUUAACGUUCAUCAUCGACGCCCCCUUCGGCCGCUUCACGCCCUCGCAAAAUAGCAUCCUGCUCGUCGAUGGCAUCAAGUCCUGGAUGUUCAUGGAGCUUGUCUCGCCGCUCAUGUUCAGCUACACGUACCUGAACGCGCCCCUCACAACCUCCCCGCACCCACCCCUGACGCUCUCGCAUCCCUCCAGCCUCCUCUCCGCGCUCUUCCUGACCCACUAUCUCAACCGCGCGAUCAUCUCGCCGCUCCGCACGCCCUCGCGCUCCAAGUCGCACGUCAGCGUCGCGCUCUCCGCCGUGUUCUUCAACGUCGUGAACGGCUUCCUCCUUGGCGCGUAUCUCUCCUCGCCUAGCGCACAGGCGUUCCUCGCAGGCGCGUUCGCGCGCCCGUCCUUCUGGGCGGGCAUCGGCCUCUGGGCCGCAGGCCUCGUCGGGAACAUCGUGCACGACGAGGUGCUGCUCAACAUCCGCCGCACCGCCAAGGCGAAGGGCAAGGCGAAAGCCGACGACGACAGCAGGGGAAAGAACAAGCAGGAGCACUACGCCGUCCCGCACGGGUACCUGUACAGCCUCAUCUCGUACCCGAACUACUUCUGCGAGUGGUGCGAGUGGUUUGGCUUCGCGCUCGCUGCCGCGCCUCCGCCCUCGUUCGCGUCCUUCGGAGUGCUGCUGGCUACGCUUUCGCCACCGUAUCUGUUUUUCCUCUCUGAAGUUUUGUUGAUGCUUCCUCGCGCAUACAAGGGGCACAGAUGGUACCACAAACGCUUUCCGGACUACCCGCGUGAUCGGAAGGCGGUCAUCCCAUUCCUGUUUUGAAUUGCUUUUGAGUCCACUCUGUACCUUACAAUGCGACUGUACCAAUAUUUCUUGAUACGGGUUUCUCUGGCCCAUUGUCCUAUGUCUGUUGUAUGACCCCGGUUUAUGAAGGUAGGCGAAGAGUAAAUCGUGUCGUGGUUGACUGCAGUAGUGUUUCAGAAGUCGACCCUGGUUUCCUCGUGCCGGUACGAUGGUGUCCGCGGUUGCGCGUAUUGACGAUACUUCCUACAUCCAGACUAUUUCAAACACGACUGUUCCCUCAUCCGAUUCUCGCUCUC